UGGUGUAAAGUCUGCGUUUGUUGAGAAGCUCUGACUAACAAAACGCUGACAGUAAAGAAACCAAAUGCGAUGUAGUUCAUAGCGAAGUGAUCGGAUUCAAACUGCAGCAGUCUCCAACUUAUUUUCCACGGCUGGCACAAUGCGCUACUUUGACAAAGUUGUCAUAGUUACAGGAGGAUCAAAAGGAAUUGGGAAAGGAAUCGUUCAAGUGUUCGUGAAAAAUGGGGCUACAGUCGUGUUCUGUGCUAGAGGGGUGGAAGCAGGGCAGUCACUGGAAGCAGAACUUAACGGCACAGGCCCCGGAACCUGCCUGUUUGUGCCUUGUGAUGUCACCAAGGAUGACGAUGUCAAGAAUCUGAUCUCGGUGACAGUUGAGCGCUUUGGUGGAAUUGACUGCCUGAUCAACAAUGCAGGAUGGCAUCCUCCUCAUAAGGCGAUCGAUGAGACCACAGCAGAGGAAUUCAGGGAUCUUGUCAACUUCAACCUCAUCAGUUACUUCCUCGCUACAAAGCUGGCCCUCCCUCACCUUCGACGUUGCCAGGGAAACGUCAUUCACGUGUCCAGCCUGGUGGCUUCAAUCGGACAGAAGCACGCUGUUCCGUACGUCGCGACCAAGGGGGCGAUCACUGCUAUGACCAAAGCUAUGGCCAUUGAUGAGAGUCAGUAUAACGUGAGAGUCAACUGUCUCUCUCCAGGUAAUGUGCUGACUCCCCUGUGGGAGGACCUCGCCGCUCAGUCAGGAAAUGCUGCUGCCGCCAUCAAAGAAGGAGAGGAAUCUCAGCUGAUUGGCCGGAUGGGAACAGAAACCGAAUGUGGAUUGGCUGCCCUGUUCUUGGCUGCUGAUGCUUCUUAUUGCACUGGGGUGGAAUUGCUGGUCAGUGGAGGAGCAGAACUGAACCUUGCCCGCAAGAGCCAGAUCAGUUAAUCACUGGAUGCAGUGGACUGGCCCAGCUGGUUAAAGGAUCAUCCAACACUUUGGGAAAUUAGCUUUUUGGCUCCAUAUUUAAGAUAAGAUUGAUGACGAUUUCAUGCCUGUGCACCCCAAAUGUAAAAGUGGUA